AUGGGUGGGAUUGCAGUGUGGGGCCCAGGUGGGAUUGGUGGUCUGGGCGUGGGUCCAGUUAAUCGGUGCGUGGGCCCUGCACGUGCUCUGCAAGUGGCAGCUGGGGAGUACGGCUCCUGCAGUCCUAGCUCGCUUGGGUUCCCAGUGGCAAGGAAUUCCCUAUUGGUAGCUUCUGAUUUGGAAAUGAACAGAUCUAAGACCGAGCGUCGUUAUGACGUGCUAGAGGAGCGCUUGAAAGCCAUCGAGGGAUCUAAUACGUUCGACUCCAUUGAUCCUAAUGACCUAUGCCUCAUUCCAAAGGUCAUCCUCACACCAAAAUUCAAAGUCCUAGAUUUCAAAAAAUUUGAUGGAACCCACAUUCCUCAGACUCACUUACGCCUCUAUUGCCAAAAAAUGGCUGCACACGCAGACGACGAAAGCAUGCAAAUGAAACCUAAUGAAACAUUCAGAGAAUAUGUGCAUAGAUGGAGGGAUAUGUCCAUCCAAGUGAGCCCUCCAGUGGAAGAUAGGGAGGUUAUUUCCCUAUUCAUGAAUACAUUGAAAGAUCCCUACUUUGGGCAUCUCUUGGGGGAAACCCCCUAUGACUUCAUGGAUAUUGUUUCUUGA